AUGGAGAAUGGUGCAAGGCCCCACCAGGGCGUCAAACAGUCGCAGAGUCGAGGAAGUGGGUUCAAGAGGAUAAAUCUAAACAAGGCGCAUCUUGGGCUGGAAAGAGAACGGCAGAUAAAUCCCAAACUUCCUCCUCAGUCUUUUCGACGCUACACACGGGCCGGUGCUCCUAACGAAGGCUCAUUUACUGAAUUCGAGAAGAGCCGUGGUCCACGCCUUGGCCUCACCAAUGCUGAAAUUCAAAAAAUCGGCCAGACAUAUUGCUGCAUUCGCCAAUCUCGAUUGAACACAGACGCAGAAAAGCGUAAUGCGCAGCGGGAGCAGUUUCGCCGUUUUGAAUGCAAGCAGCACGAAGACCAAAUUAUUGAUCUUAUGAAGAAUAAGCGCAAGAAACCGCUGGUUCUUCUCCCUCCCCGAGAAAGUGAAGAAGAGUUGAAGAAGCCAUCGACGCCUCGAAUUCGCCAGCUAUCAAGAAGCCAACUUCCAAAGAAGAAGGUCUUCAACGUGCCCCUUUUGGAGCCCCAGAGCGGCGAACAGAAGCCAGAGCUUGAAGUCGAUUUGUUCGAGAUGAUGAAAAAUUUGCCAAAGAAGGAACCACUCUUCCCCAUUUUCGAGACCGAUUGCCGAAUCGUUCGUGGAAGCAAUAAGGGAAGCCAACAGAUAGCAAGAACUGUCUCAAACAGGGGCUCUCCGAUCGAAUGGGAGACGAGUCCACUAACAGCCGAUUUUUCAAGUGCUACCCACCGCAUAUGUAUAUUCCAACAGACAAGCAACGUCCACGGACACUGGCACUUGCCACUCCAGCAUCACAGCAGCGUUGAGACUGUCUUCAAGGCCAACUACAUCGACGAAGAAGAUCUGAAGGGAAUGCAGCGAGAGCACUGUGUCGAGCGAACUGAUAAAGACCGUCGUCGAAUCGUGUUCCGCUCCGAGUACACCACCCAGUACCAAGAUCUGGGCAAGGUCUCUCGCAAGCUCAACAAGCCCCGACAACGAUAA